UUCGUGUGUGUUCGGUGCCAGCAGUGGAAUGGGAGCUGUUUGAGAAAGUAUAAAAGACCAGGAGCGACGCAGCAGUAGUUCGGUUUACGUGGGGCUAACAUCCAUUGUACGUGAUUAAUUGGUAUUGUUCUUCUCACGAGUGAUUGACAAUACUAAUUAUCCGGCAAUGGCCCUUAGCCAAACAAGUGUGUUGAAACUCUACAGCACUGUGAUAGAGGAUGUCAUUGCGGGAGUCAGAGAUUCAUUUUUAGACGAGGGAGUUGAUGAGCAAGUGCUUUUAGAACUCAAGCAAGUAUGGGAGCAGAAGUUGAUGCAAACAAAAGCUGUGGAGGUUAAUCCAGAACCUCCUGAACCACAACCACCUCAGAUGCCUACACCUAAAAAUACAACUGCUAGUAAAGCUGCAAAUAUUGGUAAUCACUUCGCGCAACAACAAACAUCAGCAGCAGCAAACCAAGCACAAUCACAACAGCAGAAUCAACAGCAUCAGCAAGCACCAGUUCCCCAGCCAAUUCGUGCAGCUGUACCACAGCAUCAAAAUGUUCAACAGACCCCACCAGCCCAACAGGUGAUAGCAGCACCAGCUGCGUUGUUCGAUCGUCCAGUUCCCAUUCAGAUAACUCUGCCUGGCAACCCAGCGACUGGAGAUGGCAAACCCAAAAUUCUGACAAUUCAGGUGCCAGCUUCAGCUAUUCAGGGUAAUCAGUUGCAUACAAUCCUCACUGGGCCCGUUAUCACUGCGGCCAUGGGCUUUCCUACAGAUGUGGCUUCGCGAUUGCUGCAGCAACAUGUCGAUAAGACUCUUCAAGGUCAGGCAGCUCUUGCCCCUAUGGAUAUUAAUCAACCAUUGCAGGUUAUUCAAGGAACAACUAAUGUGCAAUUGCCUACCCAGAAUCAGGCUCAGGGAAAUAUUGCUCAGUUGGAUGGACCUCAUGUAGAUACGUCGGACGAUGACGAUGAGGAUGAGGAGGAUGACAAUGACGACGAUGACGACUUGGAUGACGACAAGGACGCGGAGGAAGAUGAUGAUGCUGGUGCACGUGAAGAGGAGCCACUGAAUUCAGAGGACGAUGUCACGGAUGACGAUCCCACAGAUCUGUUCGACACGGAUAAUGUAGUGGUGUGUCAAUAUGACAAGAUAACGAGGAGUAGAAAUAAAUGGAAAUUCUACCUCAAAGAUGGAAUCAUGAGUCUGAGUGGCAAGGAUUAUGUUUUCCAAAAAGCCAAUGGUGACGCUGAAUGGUGAAAUCGUUAUCCGGAGUAAUUAAAAUUCAUUAAGGAAAUAAGAUAAUUUAAAUAAGUAGAAAGACUGGUCAUCUCUGGCCAUUUUUUCGUCGUCGACAGAGGGGUCUAAUUCUUGCAUAUCGCGUGGGGUUUGACCGAUAUAUUUCGACAGAAUGGAAGAAAAAAACGAUUUAAUAAAAAGGAAGAAACUAUUGAAAAAGAAAUGUUCUCAUGACACAAAAUAACAAAACGAACCACUAAAUUGGUCAUCUGCGUGUUUUUGGUUCAUUUAUAGAAAAAAAAAAUAGAAAAAUUAAUUAGGUGAUGGAUUUUAGGGGGUGAGUGUUCCUUGCAGGGUGGUUAAUCACCAGCUGUUAAUUAUGUUUUUGUUUCAUUUCAUUCACUCCUUUGUUUCUUCUAAAUGUUGAGAGUGUCUGACUUACUAGCUGAAUCUUUUGUGUAUUUGAUGAGAUAUAAAAUUGUAUCGCUUGUUCAAAGAAGUCGAUAUUUUUCUCAUCUCGCUUGAGUUACACAGGCAUGGACAUAGCGAAUGCGUGAAUGGAGGAUGAGAAAAUAUGAAAUAAUGAGAAUAACUGACUAACAGUCUUUAAAAAGUUACAAUUGUAUCGUGAAGUGGUGAAACUUGAGUAGUGAAAUUCAAUUGCGUAAGGUAUAUGUGAAGUUAUAUGUCUAUAUUUUCUGUCGGUAAUGAAUGAAUUUAGGGAUACUUGCCUGGAAAACAUCGGUAGAUUAUGACAUUUCCUAUGGCACAAUUCCCUUUCACCUAAAAUUACUCAUUACUAAACUGGAAGGACAAAAUUCGCUGACAUUACCCCAUAAUCCCACCCAAUAUGUUGGGAUCUCCCACCAGAAUCUUAAAAAUUUUCAAUAUUUUACCACUUCACACCUCAGUACAACUCCAUUCACCGUUUGGCAUCUUUCAGAUGUUUUCAAAUAGUGUCUAAUCUCCCAUCUUGAACGAAUGAAGAAAAAAAAGGCCAAAUAUCUAUGUAAGCAGCGGGAUUAUUCGUGCCUAAACUGCAUUGAUUACUGUAAAUAAUUUCUAGAAAUAUAAAAGAAGAUAUUAAGCCAAAAAAAAAACUAAUGGAAAAUUGAAUGAUAAUCCCAAUAAUUCGCUGAAGAAAAAAAUCAAUUUCAAUUAGCAAUUUGUACAUCAUUAUGCGAGAGCUUUAAGAAAUACACGUGUCUUAUAAUGCUAUCAUAAAAGUAACAAAGUCUCGAGCGAUCAUUAUUGAUCAGUUGUCAUCAAUUACCUAAUGAAAAUCUGUUCCUCCUGAACAAAAGAAUAAUCUCCAAAGAUGAGACAGAAUUUUCUAUUUUUUUCGACAAAUUGACAAUUUAAUGUUUGUUCAAUAACGAAAUCGACUAAUGAUUAAUUAAUUGAUUUAUCAAUGAAUUGAUUAAAUUAGCUAAAAUGACUAUUGAUUGAGGGCCAUGUACUAUCCUUUCAUAUGUGAGGAUAAUUAUUUUAAUAAAUUUAUUGAAUGGCACUGGCGCCGGAAAUAAU